UGCUUAUUUACGUAGGCUAUAGGAGGGACUUCCUCUUUGGCAACCGAGUCAUGUGAGCCCAUUGAUGUGCGUACGGCAGUGUGUGUGUUUGUGUUUCACUACCUUUCACACUAUGUUAACAGUUACCGAAAAGGCAGAGUGCAUGUGAAACACUUCAAUUUGAUGUAGCUAGUUCAUAUAAGAUGGCACGACAACAUGGCUUUCAGUAAUGCGACAAUGGAGAUCACUGAUUUGGACUAUAGGUGUCUGUUGGUUGGAUUACAGAUGUCAACAGUUCCUUGUAGAAGAACAACCUGAUGCUGAAGUUUUGUGCGGGCUUCUCGGUUGAUCAACACUUACAUUGUUGACCAUUUGACUUGGGUUUAUGGUAAUCGCCAUGGCAAUCAGUGUAGCCCGUCUCCGGAGCAUUGUAACUGUCGAGCCGGUUAUUCUGCUCUACAUGACUGCCUUGUUUCUAGUGACCCCUGCCUAUCAACAACUGAUCAUCAGUAAGAUCUGCAGUGAGCAGUACGGGCCGGCCAGCGCAGAGUGCAAGGACCUGGCGGCCUACCCUGAGGCGCAUCAGUCGGUGCAGCGCUCGUCCUCCAUGGUGAUCCUGCUCUACACCUCCGUGCUCUCCGUGCUCUCCAUCCCCCCGGCCAUGCUGCUGGGCUCCUGGUCGGACCAGAGGCAGCACUCCGACGGAGGUUUUCGGGGCAGCAGGCGCAGUUUGGUUCUGCUAUUGCCCUGUAUCCUUUCCCUGGCCAGCGGAGGCCUGCUUAUCGCCAUAGCGAUGGUGGACCAGUUGGGGGUACUCUGGAUGCUGAUGGCGGCCGGCUUGGUCGGACUUUCGGGAGGUACAAGUUCCCUGUUCUUAAGUUCUUUCAGUUAUCUCGCAGAUCUCACAGCCAGUAAUGAAGGAGUGAACAGGACUCUGCGUAUGGCCGUGGCCGAGGCCAUGGUUUUUGUGGGUGGCACCAUUGGCUUCUUGCUAGGUGGAUAUCUGGAGGAGCAAGAUUGGGGGAUGGUAAUAGCCUUCUCUUCCUUCUGCGGUUGUCAACUUCUCUCCAUUGUAUACAUCCUCGUCUGGUUACGCGACCCCAUCAUACCAGCCCGACUUACAUCCUCAUAUGGGUCUAUUAACCCUAGCAGCGAGGAUGACGCCACCCCCAGCAUCCUGUCACAUGCCAGAAGGUCUCUGGCGGUGGUGUUCAAGGAGAGGCCUGAUCGGGGAAGGUUCAAGCUGCUGCUAUUGAUCGUCUGUACAUUCAUUAACAAUCUGGUAGCUGUCGGUGAGACCACAAUCUCCCUGCUUUAUCUUUCGUAUGAGCCGAGAAAUUUUUCUACACAACUCUAUGGGAUCUUCCAUUCAAUCAGGAUGCUGUUGCUGGGUGCUGUAUUGCUGUUGGUGUUUCCUCUGUUACUGAAGCGGGUUUCGGAGCAGACUCUGGCAAAGGUCAGCGCCCUGUUCCGCUCGGCCGCCCUAUUCCUCAUGGCGUUCUCUACCAACACGUGGAUGGUCUUCCUCGUGUGUGUCAUUGGGGCUCCAUCAGGAAUAGGCCAGGCAGUUGUGAGGUCACUUUCUUCUGCUAUCGUGGAAGAGCAUGAACAAGGUGCCAUGUUCUCAUUUUCAGCGUCUGUGGAGGCCCUGUGUAUUCUCUUGGCCGGUCUGUUGUUUAACGGCCUCUACCCCCUCACCUUGGCGACCGUGGCUGGGAUGCCCUUCGUCGUCAUGGCGACGCUCAUGCUGGUCGUCUUCAUCCUCAUGCAGUGGAUCAGUGAGAGCCCUGCUACACACCCUCGCCUCUUGCUGUCGGACUGACGGACAGACAGGUACAACAUCCUGUCUGGGAUCGCAUCUUGCUGAAAUAAUCCUAUUUCUAGAAAAAGAUAAGGAUUUAUAGUUCAAUUAUUGCAGUUUUUAUGAUAAUAGUACCAUGAUGAAUCGUUUUGUGAACCUAAAAGUUGAUUGGAUUGAAACAGAUUAUUACAUGGGGAAGGGGUUCAAACCUGCACUAUCUAACUUUUGUACUGCAGCUAUUUAAUCCAUUAAAAAACUGAUAGUUUCUCAAGAAUAAAAUAGACCCAUCCAUGGGGCAAUCCAUCCUGGGAAUUUUCCUCUAUAAAUGGUUUGAUUCUGGUCCACUUUCAAAUGAUAAGGCACAAGUGUGAUUAAAACACCCAACAAUGGUGAGGUUUAAGCUCAAUCAAUUGCUGUGAGAAACGAAAUAUGCUAUAAUAAUAUUGGCUACUAUCAUAUUUGUAUUGUUUCAAUGUUGUAAACAUACUAGGGCCCGACCGAUAUUGAUUUUUGAGUGCCGAUGCCGAUUAUUUUCAGAGAAAAAUUACGAUUACGAUUUAA